UGGGUGUGGAGCUGGGAGGGGGAGCCGCCAUGUCUGACUGGGAGGCGAGCGGCGACGAGGACUCUGACGCGGCGGCUCGGCCGCCAUCUUCUGCGGCCCCCGCCUCGCUCCUGUGGCAGCCGCCGGCGGCCCCUUCGCGGAGCCGCGCCUCAGCGGGGGGCGGCAGCGGGCGAAGGGGCUCUGAGAGGUGGCGGGAGGCGGCGGCGGGCAGCCUCGAGGGGGAGGAGCGGGAGCCUCGAGGCGCGGGAGGCUGCCGGGGCUCGGCGGAGACGGCGGGGCAGUGGCAGCCCCACGCUGUCGCCGCCCACCGUGCUUGGGGCGCCGCGGCGCCCCUCUGCCUCCGCCUCGACAGCGCCGUGGUUGGUGCUCUCAUAGGUCGGGGUGGAGCUAAAAUAAGAGAACUUGAGGAGUCUUCAGGUGCUAGGAUACAGGUUAUAAAGGGAACCUACGAAGCUGAAAUAAAGAUUUCUGGCAGCAUUGCUGUGCAAAACAAAGCCAAGAUGUUGAUUGAAGAUACUGUUACAAGACUUGGGCAAAACUACACUAGAGGUGCGACUGAGAAAGAUUCCAUCAAACAGCAGUACUUCGGUAGUAAUUCUGCUGAGAAACACUUGGAUCUUGUCAAGCCUGAAAAUACCCCACAGAAAUCUGUGAUUAACUGGGCCUCCAUUCGAGAAAAUAAAGCUAGAUAUGAAGCUAUGAAGUGGGCAGACUUGCCUCCAAUUGAGAAAAACUUUUAUAAAGAAUCAUCAAGGACUGCAUCUAUGCCACAAGAAGAAGUGGAACUGUGGCGGAUGGAAAAUAAUAAUAUAAUUUGUAAUGACUUGAAAGAAGGUGAAAAGCGCUGCAUUCCCAAUCCUGUUUAUAAAUUUGAAGAUGCAUUUGAGCAUUAUCCUGAUGUUAUGGCUAAUAUCAGAAAAGUGGGUUUUCAGAAACCUACACCAAUUCAGUCCCAGGCAUGGCCAAUCAUACUCCAAGGAAUUGAUCUUAUUGGCAUAGCACAGACGGGCACUGGGAAGACAUUGGCUUACUUAAUGCCUGGAUUCAUCCAUUUGGAUUCACAACCAAUACCCAGAGAUCAGCGUGGGGGGCCGGGAAUGUUAGUCCUUGCUCCCACUCGAGAACUGGCACUUCAAGUUGAGGCAGAGUGUGCAAAGUACACAUACAAAGGAAUUAAAAGUAUUUGCAUAUAUGGUGGUGGGGACCGAAAAGGACAGAUAAAUGUGGUUACCAAAGGCGUGGAUAUUGUUAUUGCUACUCCUGGCAGACUGAAUGAUCUUCAAAUGAACAGCUUCAUAAAUCUGAAGAGCAUAACAUAUUUGGUUUUAGAUGAGGCUGACAGAAUGUUGGAUAUGGGAUUUGAACCUCAGAUAAUGAAAAUCCUAAUAGAUGUGCGGCCUGACAGACAAACUGUGAUGACAAGUGCUACUUGGCCUGAUGGUGUUCGUCGCCUAGCAAAAUCCUAUUUGAAAAAUCCUAUGAUUGUGUAUGUUGGCACUCUUGAUUUAGCAGCAGUAAACACAGUGGAACAGAGAGUUGUUGUUAUCCCAGAAGAAGAGAAGAGAGCUUUCACGCGGUAUUUCAUUGACUCUCUGAAGCCAAAAGAUAAGGUCAUCAUUUUUGUAGGAAGGAAACUUACAGCUGAUGACUUAGCAAGUGACUUUGGUCUCCAAGGAAUUCCAGUUCAGUCACUUCAUGGUAACAGAGAGCAGUGCGAUCGAGAACAGGCUUUAGAUGACUUCAAGAAAGGCAAGGUCAGAAUACUGAUAGCUACUGACUUAGCAUCCCGUGGUCUUGAUGUGCAUGAUAUUACUCAUGUUUUUAACUUUGACUUCCCUCGAAACAUUGAAGAAUACGUUCAUAGAGUAGGUCGUACUGGACGAGCAGGACGUACUGGGGAGGCAGUAACACUUGUCACUAAGAGUGAUUGGAGAGUUGCAUCUGAGCUGAUUGACAUUCUGGAAAGGGCAAACCAAGUAAGAAAGUAUACCGUACUGGCUCCUUCCCACUCUUUCCUUGAUCUCAAAAACCAAUCUGACAAGGAGCUGUUGCAAUUUGAGCUGGAAUAAAUUCUGUUCCAUGUUGCCAGAGAGGGUCUGCUGUGAUACAGAGGAGGAAAAUUAUACACUGCUUCAACUGGAAACCUAACUCUGUCUCACUAUUUCUAUGUCUAGUGAUAAGUCUCUAGCAAUUUUCAGCUAGAGAGAUGCCUCAUUUUUUCACUUUUUUCUUUUAAACAACAUUAAAAUUUCAGAUGGAGUAGACUGUUUCUGUGGGUAGCCUGUUUUGUGGGUUCCUGGCUGCUGGGUAGAUGUUUACCAAUGAGAGCAAUUCAGCACAGAAAAUGUAUACUAGCAGUCUGACUCAUCUCAACUUAAGAAAAGUUGCUGAUAGCAAAGAAUGAGCAUCACUGAAUUAUGCAGCCUGACAAAAGAAGUUGAAACUGGAGGGAUGCCAUCUUGCUCUGUCAUGACCUUUGUUCUGGCUGUUUCCUUCACCUGGUAAAGCAUUGUCUGGUCUAGGAAUUUCUAAGGAGACUUAACAGCAUAUAUAUAUGAACAUAUGAACAUAUAUAUAUAUUCAUUCACUAAAUUUCAGAGCAGUCCUCCAAGCUUGUACUGCACUUCUGCCUCUUACUGAAGGACAAAACCAUUCAGAUUGAGCAAUCGAAGAAAUACCAUCAUGCACUGGAGGGGCAUGUUUUUCACUCUGAGCUCAGGAAACUGGACACAUCCUACCUGCUAUAUGGCUGUAUGCCAACCUGGCUAUAUGCGCUGUAGCAGGUUGUCUAAGCAGGCUGUUUUUGAUAGAUUAGUAAUCUGAAACCUCUUCUGAGAAUGCAGUGAAUGAUUAGUAGGCAUUAAUGUCUGCAUGAUGUCUAAUGCAGUUUAAGGACUUACCAGAGACUGCCUCUGUUUCAUGAUCUAUGGGAACGGGAUGUGCUUAUUGUCCCACUUCUAUUUAGUAGUAUUAAUCAGUGUCAUUCAACCUAAUAAAGUCUGUCUGUAACUCUUUGCA